AUGGAACCCGGGACUGGACGCAACAAGGUUGCGAAAAGAUCUUCAAACGCGUGUGUAAGAUGUCGGAGGCAAAAGAUCAAGUGUUCGGGGUCGCAGCCAUGCGAUGCAUGCGGCAAGCGCAAACAGUCCUGCACAUUCGAUGAGCGCGACCAGAGGAUAGUGGUCACCAGAGGUUAUAUCAUCGACUUACAGCAGCGGAUCGAACGAUGGGAACGCAGCAAGAGCACCAAUGAGCCGGCGCGGGACUCGAUCGAAGGCGGCCAGGCUGCCGACAAAGUCGAGAGUGGGUCUGAGAGCGAUGUAAGCAUGGCAGGGGCGGAAGGUCCAGACUCAACCCAACCUUCGAGAGGCACUGAGAAGCAGGACGCCCGCCCCAAGCCGCCCAUGGACCCGGUGGCCUCGACGCUCAUCAACCCAUUGUCUACUGGGCAGUCGGAGUUUAUGACAGCGCCGACUGGGAGGAUAUUCUACUUGGGAACAUCAUCCAACUGGUCCUUCACACGUCGCGUCCUCAACAUCACGCACCAAUACGUCAACAAAACACCUCUACCCACGAGCGCUCUCAUUUUCGAUGCUGCGGCCUACACCCUCGAUUGGGAUGGCUACCGCAUUGGGGACGGCCCCGAGAUGCCGGCCCUCCCAACGCAGGACUAUGCCAUCUACCUGGUUAACGCAGUGAAGUUUCACUGCAGCCAGAUGUUCCACCUCUUCGACGAAGAGUCCUUUAUGAAAUCCCUCUACCAUUUUUACUCAGAUCCAAAUCCAAGGGCUGAUCCUACGGACCUAUGGUUCAUCCAUUUUCUUUUGAUACUCGCCUUUGGAAAAGCAUUCACGACGAAGGCCAACAGGAGUCGAAAGCCCCCAGGCCACGAUUACUUCAUCAAAGCUGUGCAGCUUCUUCCAGACCUCAGCGUUUUGCUGAAGCAAGCUGCUCUUUCGACAGAGAUUCUCUGCUCCCUUGCGUUGUACAUGCAAUGCGUCGACUUUCGGCAUGCCUCCCACAACUUCAUCGGCCAAGCCAUUCGCAUGGCCUUGGGUGAGGGCAUGCACACAGACAUGCCGACGCAAGUGCUGGGAGAGGCAUACGUCGAGAGGUGUCGAAGGAUCUGGUACACAGCACACAUUCUAGAUCGAGAGAUGACGUCCCUCUUCGGUCUUCCUCCUUCAAUCCACGAUGAUUACGUGCAGUGCCAACUGCCAACAUAUUCUGGUUCAUCGCAACGGACUGCGGCUUUGCGGAUGAGGAUAAAACUGUCCGAGGUUAUCGGCAGUAUUAACAGAAAGGUGUACGGUCGAGACGGCCGACUCAACAACAAGUUCAUGCUGGGGACUAAAAACGUCCUGGAAAGCAUGGCCCAUGUCGCCAACGACCUUCAACAGUCCUUUGCGCUCCCGCUCGAGAGGGAUACAAGUUGCAUUUCCAGGACAUCGGCGCAUUUGCACCUACUACAUCAUCAGUGCAUCGUUCUUGCCACAAGACCAUUGCUAUUUUGCUUCUUGAAGAUACGCUUCGAAUCCGAGAGUAAAUGCACCGAGCUACUGGGAUCAUCUCAGACGGUGCGAAAUUUGAUACAAAUGUGCAUGGACUCUUCCCAACAAAUGAUUGCUAUCCUCGACUGUCUACAGUCGCAGGGCCUUCUGGAAACCUUCCUACCAUUUGACUUGGAGGCGAUCUUCGUCUCUACGGGAAGUCUAUUGCUGGGACCCGCAAUCGACCCGCAGGCCUUCGAAGGCGUGGUUCCCUCGCUUGAAAAGGCGUACACUGUUUUUGAUGAAAUGAUCGCCGCUGGGAAUGCGGUGGCAAAUUUCCAGAAAGCAGAGCUGCAACAACUCGAAAUCAUGUUGCAACAGUUGACACAAACAAAUCCACAGCCAGCAGCAGACGACUCCGGCGCGGCGAAUGAGGCGCCAUGUCAGCAGCAACAGCAGCAAAUAGCUGACGACACGAGCCCCCACGAUACUGUGAUUUCUUCGUUGGCCACAGAUCUGUCACAGAAUGAGAGCUAUACCUCGUCGCUGCCGGGGAAUCUGGAGGAAAUGACUUUUGAUAGCGGCCUGACCAUGACUCAAUUGCUGGAUAUGGCGAAUUCGAUAGAGCACGAGGAUACGGAAUGGAUGUCACAAACGAUUGUCGAGCAUAGCAUUUGGUAG